AUGUUUGCGUCCGACAAAGAUCCCGGGACAAUGACGGGCGAGAAGGUCGCUACGAUCGCGCCUCGGACGGACAAUCCAACAGCCUCGGACGCAGUCAUUGACCCCGAGGCCGAGCGCCGACUCCUCAUGAAGCUGGAUCUCAUCAUAUACCCUCCCUUCUUCGUCAUGUACACAAUGUCUUUCCUGGACCGCAUCAACAUUGGCAAUGCGCGGAUCCAGGGCAUGCUCGCGGACCUGGACCUAUACGGCAACCGCUUCAACAUUGCUCUCUUUGUCUACUUCAUCCCGUACAUCAUUCUCGAGAUACCCUCCAACAUGUUCAUCAGGAAGAUGCGGCCGUCUCUCUACCUCUCGUCCCUCAUGUUCAUCUGGGGCAUCGUCAACAUGUGCAUGGGCUUCGUCCGCUCGUACGGCGCCCUCGUCACCCUGCGCUUCCUCCUCGGCGUCUUCGAGGCCGGCGUGCUGCCGGGCAUCAUCUACGUCACCUCCGUGUACUACAAGCGUCACGAGUAUCAGAGGCGCCUGUCCUUUUUCUUCAGCAGCACCGUCGUCGCCGGCGCCUUUGGCGGCCUCCUUGCCUACGCCAUCACGCGACUCGGCGGGGCGCACGGCGUCGCCGCCUGGCGCUGGAUCUUCAUCGUCGAGGGUGCCGCGACCUCCGGGCUGGCCCUGGCUGCCGCGUUCCUCAUCGUCGACUGGCCGGAGCAGACGAGGUAUCUCGACGCCGGGGAAAAGGAACUGCUCCGCCGCCGACUCGCGGCCGACGUGGACGACUCGUGCCGCAUGGACACACUGACCAGGUUUUCGUUCAAGCUCAUUGUGCGCGACUACAAGAUUUGGCUGGGCGCCGUCACUUACAUGGGCGUCGGCCUGGCUGGGUACUCGGGUGCUUUCUUCUUGCCCACCAUCCUCGUCGAGUUCGAGUGGAAGGCCGAGGAGGCUCAGGUACGCACAAUCCCCGUCUACGUCUUCGCGGGCGGCAUGAUGCUGCUUGACGCCUGGGCCUCGGACAAGCUCAAGCACCGGCUGGGCUUCAUCCUCGCCGGCGCAUCCAUGGCACUCGUUGGCUUCGGCAUGCUCCUGGCCCAGGGCGGCAAGUCUCGCGACUACAAGUUUGCGGCCGUCUUCCUCGUCUUCGGCGGCUCCUACAUGGUCACUCCGAUGGCCCUGGGCUGGCUCCAGAACAACCUGUCGGGCCACUGGAAGCGCUCGUUUGGCUCUUCGGCGCAGGUGACGCUCGGCAACUUGUCGGGCAUCAUCGGAAGCAACAUCUUCCUGGAGCGUGAGAGGCCCAGCUACGCGACUGGGUACGGCGUUGCGGCCGCCGCCAUGUUCUUGGGCGCCCUCUCGGCGCUUGCCAUGUUUGUGCUCAUGCGGCGGGAGAACAGGAAGAGGGCAGCGGGCGAGCGCGAUGACAGGCUCGAUCUGCCCGAGGAAAAGCGCGACAACCUGGGAGACUGGCAUCCAAGCUUCCGCUUUACUCUGUAG